ACAGAUACAAGUCUCACAGGUGUCUACUUCUCAGUCCUACCACAUUACAGACUUUACAGGGAAAUUAUAAUCUUCUGUAUAUAUGAGAGAGAUCAUCUACUGCUAUUUCUUUUUCCAAGUCCACCUGCUCAACGACACAAUAGCUUCACAUCAAUGGUCAAAAUGGCAGAGCUUACAGGACAUACAUCUUGAGUUCUUUUUAUGGUGCAGAGCCUAGAUGGUUGCACUCUUCAUGUACUGCAGGUGAUGAAACCCUAAGAAUCUGAAAAGUUUUAUGAAGCCCUGAAGAGGAAAUAAGGUUCCCAAGUCUAACCCGUAGCUAAUUGCUAAUGUAAAACGAUACUGUUGAUGCGUCACCAGAGCUAAUGCUUGCUCUAUCCAAACCAUUGCAAAGGUAUGCAGUAAGGAAAUUAUGACAUGAGUCAACUGCUACAAAGAAGAAUCAAGUGGAGCCAUUGUGUAAUACAUGUUUGUUGUACACAUAAGUUAUCAUCUUUUGCACUGGUGUUGAAAGGAAGUUCGUGGCCUCCUCUUAAUACGAAAUUUGUGGCACGCUACAAUUUCUACCAGGUACUCUUGCUGGACAGGACCACUGGACGCAUACUACCCAAUAAAUCAGGUUGCUAUUUCAAUGGAUACUCAAUUACUGGGUGUUUUGCAUCACUAGGCUCUCUGGUUCCCAUAGAUGUGAAAAACCUGUUAUGGUCUCUGAUCUUCUUCGCACAUUGUUACACUACUUAGUGUGGACUUGAAGUGCAAGCUGUAGGGAUAUGGCUUUCAGGGUAGCCACGCUAAGGAGCUGCUGGGACAACGGAAAAAAUGUAGGACCCACAUCCUGCUUCCAUAACUUUGCUCACGCCAUUGCACAACCAAUUCCAAUGGACAGCAUCAUCUUCGGCAAUCCCAUAGCGCCAAUAAAGGCAAAUCAGGAAAGGAUUGAAGGGAACAUUGCUUACAGAUUCCAAGAUGUCACUUUCUUCAAUGAGUCUAUGGAACUAAUGGCCGUCCCUAAAAAGAAGCUUCAUCCUCUAACAACUUCCUUAACAUGACAAUUAAUUUUGAACACGCUGAGAGUUCCAUUACAUAACCUUUUCAAAUUGCUAAAGCAGGUUACUCGUCACAAGAGUUACUCCAAAGCUCUUGCCAAUGAAUUGCAGGUUACUCGUCACAAGAGGGGGGAUACGAAAUGGACCAAAGGCAUUGAAACCUCAACUUAUGAUAAUCCGCUGCACAUUUGCCAUUGGUGUUGUGUUCAAAUGGUUUGUUUAGUCGAAAAAUCUUCAAAGUAUUAGCUUUGUUUGACUUGUCAUAAUGUAAAACAGGGUUCAUGCCGAGUCUUCUUUAUUGGCUGGAGCUUGGCGGUACUUUCAACAAAAUGGAAAUUUCAACGCCUCCACCGAUCAACAAAAUGGAAAUUUCACC